AAAUAGUGGUAUGAAUCUCUAUUCUAGUUGUCUUUCAUGUAAUCUUGAUCCAUCACCUUUUAAACAGUAAAAAUGUGUAGAGAGUUUUUGUCAAAAUUCUACACAAGUAUACAUGGUAGCAUGUUCAAACUUUAGUGACUUUUACAUUUUUUAAAGAAAAAAUCUGAAAAGUAACCGAACUGUACCAUUACCAAAGAGAAAUUGAGAUGAUGAGAUGGUUUCGAAAAGUCUAAUUUUGAUUAUACAAAAUAAAAUAAUCGGAAAAAUGAUACGGUAUAAAUUUUAUGAAAUAACAGUCCGAACGGUACCAUUGACACCCCUAUUUUUAAGACCAAAAUAAAAUGAAGGAUAUACGGUGUAUAUAAUUAUCCUAUUUUCUAUAGUUAAGUGACAAAAAUUUGAACCUUCCCCAUUGUCCGGUUCAGAAUUAAUGGCAAUGUUUGCCGUAUAUAUCUUCCUAAUAUUUGGAUUUAGGCACUUGUUUAUUUUUUUUUACUAGCCUUUUCCAAUCCGAUUGGAACAUACUUGUAUAUAUGAAAAUCAUUUAACAGAUCCUGAACAGGAAACCAAUAAGAAGCCUAAAAUUUAGGAGGAAUAUAACAGUGAAGAUCCCCAGGUGGUUAAUUAGCAGAAUCCUAGUGGUAUAUAAAUAUAUAUACUCAUCACCCUUAUACCUCUCCUCAUCCCAUCUAAAACCCUUUCUCUAUUAGUGUGCUAAAUUAAACUUAGUCUCUCCCGUUUCUCUUUCUUGCAACUAUUUGCACCAAUAGCAGAUAGAUCAUUGUAGAAGAGGAGAGCCAAGAAAAACAAGAAGUAGAAAUGGCAGGCGAUAUGAAGGUUUUGAAUGCGCUUGAUUUGGCCAAAACACAAUGGUAUCACUUCACAGCAAUCAUAAUAGCUGGCAUGGGAUUUUUCACCGAUGCCUACGAUCUGUUCUGCAUCUCUCUAGUCACUAAGUUGCUUGGCCGCAUUUACUACCGUGUGGAUGGCUCUCCAAAGCCUGGUUCACUACCUCCCAAUGUCUCCGCCGCUGUCAACGGUGUCGCCUUCUGUGGUGCCCUUGCAGGACAACUCUUCUUUGGCUGGCUUGGUGACAAAAUGGGCAGGAAGAAAGCCUAUGGCAUGACCCUUAUGCUCAUGUGUUUUUGUUCUAUUGCUUCUGGCCUUUCUUUCAGUGGGGAGCCUAAGACUGUAUUGGCCACCCUCUGCUUCUUUCGCUUCUGGCUUGGUUUUGGAAUUGGUGGUGAUUACCCGCUUUCUGCUACUAUCAUGUCUGAAUAUGCCAACAAAAAGACUAGGGGUGCCUUCAUUGCUGCUGUUUUCGCCAUGCAAGGAUUUGGGAUUCUAGCAAGUGGUAUGUUUGCCAUCAUUAUCUCUGCUGCAUUUCAGGCUAGUUUCAAGGCGCCAGCAUAUGAAGUGGAUGUGCUUGGUUCAACGGUUCCUCAAGCAGAUUAUGUGUGGAGGAUCAUAGUGAUGGUUGGCGCACUUCCUGCUCUUCUCACUUACUACUGGAGGAUGAAGAUGCCUGAAACUGCUCGUUACACUGCUCUCGUUGCCAAGAAUAUUCAGAAAGCUACUGCAGAUAUGGAAAAGGUUAUGCAGGUUGACAUUGGGACAGAGCCUGCAGUUUCUGCUAAUACUGCUGUAAUGUCCAGCAAUGAAUUUGGUUUGUUCACGAAACAAUUUCUUAGUCGACAUGGACUUCACUUGCUUGGCACAACCAGCACAUGGUUUCUGCUUGACAUUGCAUACUACAGCCAAAAUUUGUUCCAAAAGGACAUCUUCAGUGCCAUUGGUUGGAUUCCUGCUGCCAAGACUAUGAAUGCAAUUGAAGAGGUUUACAAGAUUGCAAGGGCACAAACUCUUAUCGCUCUCUGCAGUACCGUGCCUGGCUACUGGUUCACAGUGUUCCUCAUUGACAGAAUUGGCAGGUUUACCAUUCAGUUGCUUGGUUUCUCAAUGAUGACAGCGUUCAUGUUUGCUUUGGCCAUUCCUUACAACCACUGGACUCACCCUGGAAACCAUAUUGGAUUCGUGGUCUUGUAUUCACUGACCUUCUUCUUUGCCAACUUUGGACCCAACGCCACUACAUUUAUCGUGCCAGCUGAGAUUUUCCCUGCUAGAUUGCGCUCGACUUGCCAUGGAAUAUCAGCUGCAGCUGGAAAAUUAGGGGCGAUGGUGGGAGCAUUCGGGUUCCUGUAUUUGGCUCAGUCACGAGACAAGACCAAGGCUGAUGCAGGGUAUCCUGCUGGAAUUGGAGUGAGGAAUUCACUCAUUGUUCUUGGGGUAGUCAACCUUCUGGGAACAUUUUUCACUUUCUUGGUUCCAGAAUCCAACGGGAAGUCACUGGAAGAGAUGUCAAGGGAAAAUGAGGACGAGGCAGGAACAGAAGUGGAGAAUCAUCCAUUUAAUAACAGGACUGCUCCUGUGUAAAAAUAGCUACUCUAUUUCAUUUCUUUUCUUUUCUUCUUUCCCUUUUAUGUUCUAUAAAGGUUCCUAGAAGGAUGGGUAAGUAAAAUAUUGUUACAAUGUAUUAGUGUCCUAUAUAGACCUGGUAAUGUAUUUUUAUGGGAUUUGUUAUGUAGUCAUAGAUGUUCCAAAUAUUAGUGUAGGAACAGCACAGAAUUCUCCAACA